AGAAAGAGGUCCAGCGGGGAGGAGGAGACGCAUUCAGGAGCGGAGCACCGAGCGCCGAGCGCCACCACCGACAACAACAACAACCCCGAGCAGCACCCCGUCGUGACGGCGUCCGUCCUCGGCGCAGGAAGCACCCACUGGAGGGGAGGAAGGAGAGUGGGAGGGCGCGUUCGUUUCCCGCACCCCGUGUCUUUGUAGAAACAGCCGGUCGUCACCAUGACAGCGGAGGAAACCAUAAAUGUGAAGGAGGUGGAGAUCAUCAAGGCGAUCCUGGACUUUCUGAACUCCAGGAAGUUGCACAUCAGCAUGUUGGCUCUGGAGAAGGAGAGCGGAGUCAUCAACGGGCUCUACUCCGACGACAUGCUCUUCCUCAGGCAACUGGUGCUGGAUGGCCAGUGGGACGAGGUCCUGCAGUUCAUUCAGCCUUUGGAGUGCAUGGAUAAGUUUGACAGAAAAAGGUUUCGUUACAUCAUCCUCAAGCAGAAGUUUCUCGAGGCUCUGUGUGUUAACAACGCCAUGUCUGCAGAAGAUGAACCACAGCAUUUGGAGUCUACCAUGCAGGAAGCAGUGAAGUGUCUCCAUGCUCUGGAGGAGUUCUGUCCCUCUAAAGAUGACUACAGCAAACUGUGUCUGCUCCUCACACUCCCUCGCCUCACACACCACGCUGAGUUCAAGGACUGGAACCCGAGCACGGCCAGGGUGCAGUGUUUCGAUGAGGCCUGCACCAUGGUAGCGGAGUUCAUCCCUGCAGACAGGAAGCUGAGCGAGGCCGGAUUCAAGGCCAGCAGGGACCGACUCUUCCAGCUGCUCCUCAAGGGAGUCCUCUAUGAGUGCUGUGUAGAGUUCUGCCAGAGCAAGGCGACGGGGGAGGAGAUGCCCGAGGGCGAGGUCCUCCUCGGUGUGGACAUGCUUUGCGGUAACGGCUGUGACGACCUGGACCUGUCUCUGCUCUCCUGGAUGCAGAACCUCUCCCACACCGUCUUCUCCUGCGCCUUCGAGCAGAAGCAACUCAACAUCCACGUGGACCGCCUGGUCAAGCCCACGAAGACCGGCUACGCCGACCUCCUCACGCCGCUCAUCAGCAAGCUGUCCCCGUACCCGUCGUCCCCGCUGCGCCGGCCCCAGUCCGCCGACACCUACAUGUCCCGCUCCUUGAACCCCGCGCUGGACGGGCUGUCCUUCGGCCUGUCCGGCCCAGACAAGAGAGCGAGCGGCGGCGAGGCGGCGCCAGGCAAAGGGGUCUCGCCCAUGUCCCACUCCUUUGCCAACUUUCACUACCCCGGAGCGGGGGGGCAGAGCCUGAACAGGAGUCUCAUGAUGGAGAGCACCGACUGCCACAGCAUCUUCGAGGAAUCCCCUGAAACGUCAAGGACGGACACGCCUGUGGAUAAGAUGACGAGCUCGGGUGGGGCUCAGAGCCCGCGUCCCGCACCGGCUCCGGGCGAGGACGCUCCUUCAGCUGGCGCCGCCGACAGGAACGAGCUGCGUGACUCAACAGAGAAGUAUGAGGAGUACUAUCGGCAACGCAUCCGUGUGCAGCAGCACCUGGAGCAGAAGCAGCAGCAGAGGCAAUUGUACCAGCAGAUGCUCCUGGAGGGGGGGGUCCAGCAGGAGCCCCCGCCCAGCGAAAUGCAGCACAGCCUCACGGAGAAGUUCCUCAACAGGUCCAUCCAGAAGCUGGAGGAGCUCAAUGUGGGGAUGGAGGAUCUCGGGGAGGAGGUGAAGUCUCUGACCCAGCACUGCAACGGGAGCACGCCCCCCUCUGAGGACAACGCCGACCGUCCAUCCGUGACGCCGGAGCAGCCCCGAGGGGGAGGGGUGCUCAGCAGCACCCCGCAGCGCGCCGCAGGGGGGCGCCCGGUCCAGCCGCCCAACGAGUCCCCUGUGCUGUCCCAGAGUGGACAGAAACAAAAGGGAAGCCCCCAGUGUGACUCACCGGGCUCCUUGUCCCGAAGCAAAGAGGGCGACAAACCCAAAAGGCUGUUUGUCCCUGUGCACACUUUGGAAGAUACUCAAGCCAUUCGAGCUGUCGCCUUUCACCCCUCUGGUUCUCUCUACGCUGUUGGGUCCAACUCCAAAACUCUACGUGUCUGUGCUUAUCCGGAGACAUUAGACUCAAGCGGCUCCAGUCCGAUUAAGCAGCCCGCCGUCCGCUUCAAGAGGAACAAACACCACAAAGGGUCCAUCUACUGCGCGGCCUGGAGCCACUGUGGCCAGCUGCUGGCUACAGGCUCCAAUGACAAAUAUGUCAAGGUCCUCCCGUUUAGUGCGGAGACCUGCAACGCCACCGGCCCGGACCUGGAGUUCAGCAUGCACGACGGCACCAUCAGAGACCUGGCCUUCAUGGAGGGUCCAGAGAGUGGAGGAGCCAUCUUGAUCAGCGCCGGAGCUGGAGACUGUAACAUCUACACCACCGAUUGUCAGAGAGGACAGGGUCUCCACGCCCUGAGCGGACACACAGGUCACAUCCUGUCUCUGUACUCAUGGGGAGGCUGGAUGAUUGCCUCCGGCUCUCAAGACAAGACGGUGCGUUUCUGGGACAUCAGGGUGCCCAGCUGUGUGCGAGUAGUGGGAACUGCUUUCCAUGGCUCAGGCAGUCCUGUUGCCACGGUAGCAGUCGAUCCCAGCGGUCGUCUCCUAGCAACAGGACAGGAAGACAGUGCGUGCAUGCUGUACGACAUCCGAGGAGGACGAAUCGUCCAGGUGUAUCGGCCGCACUCCAGCGACGUGCGAUCCAUCCGCUUCUCCCCUGGAGCACAUUACCUGCUGACCGGCUCCUACGACAAUAAGGUCAUCGUCUCCAACCUCCAGGGCGACCUGACCAAGCCGCUGCCUCAGACCGUGGUGGGGGAGCACGGCGACAAGGUGAUUCAGUGUCGAUGGCAUCCACAAGACCUGUCCUUCCUCUCGUCCUCGGCUGACCGCACCGUCACACUGUGGACACACAACCCGUAACACACACACACACACACUCACACACAGACUACUGGUGAUCAUCUAAAAGACACCCUUCCGACCUCUAUAUCCUCCUCCUUCACUAUCAACUGUCACAGUCUUUCAACCCAAUUGACACUUGUAGCUUUAAAAGCACACACAUGCCGGUGAAUGGGCCUUUCCCUUUCACUAGAAAACCAAAAUGGAUGCUAACCUGUGACGUAUUAGAAGCACACAUGCUGCAUGUUCUCCCUUUUCUUUAUAUCACUCACAUUGCACAUGGUCAUCAUCUUGAGGGGUUAAACUGCAGGACCCCCCCCACCCCCCCCCCUUUUUUCCACCAUCUCCACUCAUCAUACAGUUGCUGCAUGUCCUUUUCACUGAGGAGUUGUUGAGAUUAGAGUGUACAGAGUGCUUUGUUCAUGAUGGUGCCUUCCUUGAGUUCUCAGUUUCCAUAAGAGAAAUAUAAAAGCAAACAACAUAGAUGAUAUGGUCAUUUUUUUAAAUCAAAUUUAAGUCCUCUUGAGGAGUCCGACAUUCCUUCUUCUUUUGCAUAUUCAUUUCUUACAGCGGGUGUUAUGCUGCUAUUGUUUAGGAGAACAAGUUGAAUUUAUAGUGUGCUUUUCCUAUCAGAAGGCUGAUUCUGCAGAGGUCCUGUUAUCCGCUGUUGCUUUCCCGUGGGAUGUGCUGAUGUCCAAUGUUUAACUGCAUUGCUACGACUCAAAAUGUGUAAGGUAGCUUGUGCACUUGUUUUAAAUUUGAAUUCAUUGUUUUUGCGCUGUUGGUGUAGGGCGAUGACUUGCUUGCAGUGGAAGGUUGUUUUGUCAGCAUCAAAGGGAAAUACAAACUGAUGGUUGAGCCCCUUGCAUUCAGCUCGGAAGCCUUUAGUGUUGGAAAGCAUUGGUUCGUCUCCUCCUGUAACAAUCCAACAAUGAUAGAGCAGUCUUUGCCUGUAGGGUCCAACCAUGUGCCCAAGGAUAUGCGAAUGGAAGCACGGGUGUUACGAUAUUUAUUUAGAACCAGUAUUUGGGGCAUAUGAACAGUUCUUUUCUUGCAUUUUACAUGCACUUUUUCUUUCAACAUUGUGUUCUAAUAUGAAUUUACUUACAAAGAUUUGUGUUUUAUGUUAACGUAUAGUAUAUAUAUAUAUAUUGUUUUAACAAAUAAGGCCAAACUAAGUACAUAGAUGUAUUUAUUUCAGUUGUGUUUUUGUAUGUACAGUUAUUAUGUUUUUGAAAUGCUAGUGGCUCUUGUAUUAAGCCUUUAUAAUUCUUGUUUUCUAAAAGUGAAUUAAUUAAAGCUAACUCAAGUCUGACUGCUGGUACGUUCAAUAAAGUUUCUUUUACACUA